AUGAUUUCCCCACCGCUCAUAGAAAAAGUCCUGCGCCGCGCGCAGGAAACCGCAUCCCACAGCUGGGAAUACAGCACCGUCUACGAAGCCCUCUUGGAAUACCACACGCCCUCUCUCAGCAUCUUCAGCUCUCCCUUUCCCAACCAGGAAGUUCCUGUGCUGGAUGGUGAACAAGUACAAGCGCUGGAGUACAUUAAGCCGUUUAUCCGCACAAACACGACGACACUGUGUGAUGGGAACGGAUCAUCAGCCGACCCGGCUUCCCUUGGGAUCCCCGCCCUCUUGGUUGGCAAAACGUCGAAAGCUGAUCAUGACGCCUAUUCGAAGGCUGUGUCCCGACAACUAAACCAUCUCUUGCACACCGUUCCUCGUCAUGCGAAUGGUGCCAUAUCGCAUCGUGAGGACGCGGCUUCGCUGUGGGCAGACUUUGUGUAUAUGGUACCCCCAUUUCUCGCUUUCUAUGGCGUUUUUACCGAUGAUGUAGAUACGAUCAGGGAAGCAGUGCGGCAGUGCGAACUGUACCGUGAUGUGUUGAGCACGGCCACAAGGGCGUGGAAGCACAUUGUCAAUGCGCAGGACGGAGCGGAGGGGUUGAAAGACGACUCAGGGCUGUGGAGUACGUCGAAUGGAUGGGUCGCUGCGGGGAUGGCACGUGUUUUGGCUACGCUGCAAAAGUCUAGAUUUGCGGGGGAGACUGCGGACGAACAGGCGUCGUUGUUGAAGAUGAUACAGCAAAUCCUCGAUGGAGUGAUGGUAUUCGAUACUGAUUCCUCGGGCCUUUUGCGCAAUUACCUCGAUGACGAGACGUGGUGGGGUGAAGUGUCGGGCACGGCGCUACUUGCUGCCACAACGUUUAGGAUGGCAGUUUUGAAGCCUGGUAUAUUUGGAACGACGUAUACGAACUGGGCGGUGCGCAAGAUGGAAGUCGUAAGUUGUUGUAUCGAUGAAACAACGGGCAUUGCGCAACCAUUUGUCAAUCCACUGAAAGAAGGGCAGAAGACACCGUUGGAGGGCGUGAGUCCAGAGGGCCAAGCUUUUGUGGUACUGAUGUUUGCAGCGUGGAGAGAUUGGAAUGGGGACAUGUGGAAAGAUUCGUGA